UGUUUGUAAAGGUUGCAGGGUGGCUUCAGAAAGGCUGAAUUUAUAAGGCUAGAACUUCUGUUAAUGUGUGUACUUGUGAUGUGCCUGCUGUGAUCUUCACCUGUGGCUCUACACCAGCAACUCCUUGCUGAGCUCUCCCUAGGAGUUUCCUCUUGCUCCUUGUGCCGCUGUCAAGUUGAGAGCAGUGCUUAGCCAGGCCGGGUGAUCCCCAGGGAAACACGAUGACCGAGUUCCUGGUCUGCUUUAGCUGGUGCAACGGCGAGCCACCCCAGCCGAAGAGGCGCCGGAGACUGGACCGGGAUAUGAUAGGAGAGCCCAUGAACUUUGUGCACACGGCGCAUGUUGGGGCAGGAGAGAUGAACAGUGGCUUUUCAUCUGCUGUAUCAAUUCAGGACCACAUGAAGUCCAAAGGUGGCUACACAAAUGGUACUUCUGCAACUGUUCAGGUGUAGAAAACUGAGAAGGUUAAAUUUCCUCUGCCUUAUGAGAACUCCCCUGGACUGUGCUUUCAUAUUACCUAGAACAUCCUAUGAAGUAGAGAGGGAGUACUUGAAUUAAAAGUAGGUCAGUACAAGCUUUGGCUUUCCUUGCUCAAGAAGUUCUGAAUAAGUUGCUGYAAAUUGUUUUUAAAAAUAGUUUGAUGUGGUGGUAUUUCAAUAACACCUGUGUUGUCUCACUGGAGGUCUUCCUGACUUUCCAGCUGUGUCCUCAAAACCCAGCUUAUCUUGUAGGGUGGGAAGUACAAAUUGCCUGGACUUUAAACUCUUCCCUCAAGAAAUAGAACGUGAUUUAACUGCAAGGUAUCACUGUUGGCACUUCCUACACAGGCUAAAUUGAAUAUCUAAGUAGGAUCUCGUAGCCUUAUCUUUAGAGCUAUUUUUURAAUGCCUUACUGUCUAAUGCAUUGGUAUAUGGAGCUGUCCUUUGAUAUUUCUUCAUGACUUUCUAAUAGGAAUUAACUCUAACAUGGUGUAGUUAGAAGCUUCAUUGGGCUCCUGAAACACAGCUGUCUUAUUGUAAAACCUCUGCAACUAAAAGUCCAGGUUUUGCACAUGAACCCUUUUUAAAAUGAGGCUCAAAAUACAGUAUUUCUUUUAAUUACUGGGCUGCUUCCCUUCCAUCACUCUGGUGUAGCUGAUGUGUUAUUAAAUUUGUUAUUGUAAUAUCUAUUUGCUAAUGUGAAGUGGAGCUACAAUAUUCACAGCUGCAUAGUAAUUUUGCAUGGAUGUUUCUAAGCUUUAAACUUAAAGAUCAUUCUACUUAUCUUUUAACAGUAGCUACACAAGACUUCUAGGGAGGUCUCAUUUGUGUUUGGGACUCUGUAAUUUCAAGACUGCUUUCUUUAAGUAAAAUCUUAUGUAUGUUUUUAUAUUCUAUGGUUUAAUAAAAUGUAUGGCUUAAUGGAUAUAGUCAUGUGUAGGGCAGAAGUUGAAAGAACACUGAAAACUUGCAGGGGGUCAUUAAACAAACUCCUGCAGAGUUCCRGCAUUUUAUGUAUGUGAGUACUUAGCCGUACUAGACUUAUCACUCUACUCGUAUUGGACUUUCUAUUAAAAAGACUGUAAUGACUACUCUAGAUCACCCAAUCACUGAAAAUUAUUACCCAGCUCAAAAUUAUGAUCCCAUCUAAAAAUAGAGGAAAUGUGCUUGCUGUCACAGGACUAGCUUAAAUAAGCAUUUGAAUUCCUGCCAAAACAUCAYGGUAAUGCUGCAAGUCAGAGGCACUGUCCCCUUCUUGCUGUAGGCAUAAGAUCAGCUAUUAAUUUUUCUUUCCUUUGAUUAUCUAUCUUCCGAAAAAAAAUCUAUCCAACAGAUCACUUAUCACCCAAAGAACAAAAUCAUAUUUGUUACUUAUAAAUCUAGCCUGUUCUAUUGAAUAUUAAGUUGUUUCUUCUGCAUAUAUGGAGUGAUUUUGAAGUAUAAGAGCCAGUACAGAGGUUUUUUCCAAAAGUGUUUUUCCCCCUCCCUACCCAUGUUUCCUCUUUAAAGGCCAAAGAGGAAGAGAGGGAAUGUUAUUUCUGUAAUAGCAACAGGUUGUCAUUACAUUUGGCAACCACAUAAAACAGARAUCUAAUCUCUAUGUCUUGCUGGAUCCUUACCCUUGGAAUACCAUACUGUAUUUUAAAUACACUUUUAAAUUAAUGCAAGUUAGCUGUAUGUCUAGCUCUUAAAAUCAUCUUUGAUAAUUCUGCUCCUCUGCUAACCUCAGGCUUAUGCCAAGAAGCUAUUUAAGGUGUUAACUCCAAACUAGUUAAUUCCUGCAGACAGCUAGCAUCUAAUGACCAAGCUGUUUUAAAAAAUAAAUGUUAAUUAAUCUGCCACUGGGUUCAUGUGGUCAUUGGUUUGUGCCUGCCCUGAAAGCAGAGCACCAUUAACUAGUAUGACAGCUGUGGUGAAAAUGGGUUGCACUUCCUUUGUACUGUAGGAAAACAGACUCAUUGGGGUUACUACUUCCUAAAGACCUGUUCAGUCAAUUUAAAAUUAGUGUUUUGUGCAUGAGUUAAAAAUCAAUUGGGUGAUUUUAUCAGUUCUUCUCUUUAGGAUUCCUUCCACAGAGAAUUUUGUUACUAAACCRUCUUUAUUCUCUUUUUUUUAGGAAAAAACUUGUUCUCAGUCCAUAAACCAAGCAGAAAUAUCUGGUCUAAAAUAAUUUUAUCAGUAUUCCC